UGCUGGCAGCUGGAGGAGUUCCUCAACCGCUCCUCGCCCUUCUCCAUCUGGGUGAACGGCGAGCGCGUGGACGCGCUGCUGGAGCGGGAGCAGCGGCAGGAGAGGCGGCGGGAGGAGCUGGAGGAGAGCUUCGGGCUGCUGGAGGACGGCGUGGACGACCUCUUCCAGGACAGCAUGAGGCUCUCCGGCCACGGGGCUCCCUUUUUCCGAGCUCCCUUCGGAGGUUUCCGCGAGGCUUUCCUGCCCCCGGCCGCCGUGCACCGCGUCCGCUCGCCGGCGCGCAGAGAGAGGCUGGCGAGGGAGCUGAGCCCCUUCGGGCAUCACCCGGCGCGGGGCUUCCACCACCUCUUCCAGCCGCUCUUCGAGCUGACGCAGCGCAUGCUGGACGGCGUGCCGGGGGGCUGGGAGCACCCCCUGGCAGGAUUCGACCCAGAGCCCCGUAACUCGAGCAACGAGCGCAUGGUGUGCCGCGAGAUCCGGCGCAACUCGGCCGGCUGCCUGCGGCUGCGCGACGAGUGCGAGAAGUGCCGCGAGAUCCUGGCCGUGGACUGCUCGCGGACGGACCCGGCGCAGGAGGCGCUGCGGGAGCAGUUCGAGGACGCCCUGCGCCUGGCCGAGCGCUUCGGGCGCCGCUACGACGAGCUCCUGGGCGCCUUCCAGGCCGAGCUGCUCAACGCCAGCAGCCUCCUGGAGCAGCUCAACCAGCGCUUCGGCUGGGUCUCGCGCCUGGCCAACCUCACGCAGGGCUCCGACGGCUUCCUGCAGGUCACCACGGUGUUCUCCAAAGCCCCCAACCCCGAGGACCCGUCGGCCCCCCCCGACACGCAGGUGACGGUGCAGCUCUUCGACGGGGAGCCGCUGGCGCUGACGGUGCCCGGGGACAUCCCCUGGGACGACCCCCGCUUCAUGGAGACCGUGGCCGAGCAGGCGCUGCGGCGCUACAAGCAGAACGCCGUAGAGUAGCCGCCCCGCCGUCGCAGCGGCCCCGUAAGGGGGUCCCGGCCCCUCCUGCCUCCCCCUACCCGCGGGCGAAACACC